UAUGUCAGGAUACACAGCACACGUCAUACACUGAAAAGUACAAAAUAUAAGCUACAUUUCUUGGUAUAAUUGCAUUGCGCCUUUGCCUAGCUAGAGGGAGUAAACGUGCUUUCAGGGUUUUUCGGCGCGCUUUUGACACUCGACCUCCCGGUGAAACGAGAGAACCGGGUGGGAGGAAGGGAAGCGGCUGCUCAGACGCUAACCCGGGCUCAUAUCACUGCUUACUAGCGUGAUUAGCAACCGUUACUCCUGACAGCUCCCAGAGGAGGUGCAACGUAGCCGUUUGCUGGCAACCGGCGAGCCCCAUCUUUGAAAGAAAACCAGAGGUGUGGAGUAAUGAUAGUGCAGGAGUGAAGGAGGCAGGUGUCCCAGUAGAACAUUGGCAGACAAGUGGGAGGCCAGGCAAGGAUGCUGGAGGCAGAUGCAGACCCAGCAGGUGUAGCAGUGGAAGGUGAAGGGGAGGCAGAGAUGAGGAGCGGAGACUUGAAGGCUGAGGUGGUACGGCUGACUCUGGAGCUCCAGGAGGCCACAGAGGAGAAGCUACAGGCAGCCCGCUAUGGCCUGGUGGUGCUGGAGGAAAGUGCUGCUCUCAAGAUGAAACACAGGCAGCUGGAAGAGGAGCAUGAAUCCCUCAAAGUGGAGCUACAGCAGCUCAAAGAGGCAUUUGCAGAUUCUGUGAGCAGCCAGAAGCGUGCAGCUGCUGAUGGAGAGUGCCGGGAAGAGAGCCUGCUGCAGGAGACUGCCACUAAGGAGGCUGCCAUGGCAACCCGCAUAGAGGAAGUCCAAGCAGAACUCAAGCAAGCACGCCUUGCUCUGAGCAAUGCCCACGCAGAGAUCGAUAGAUUGGGGGUGUUCUCCGUCCAGCUAAAGAAGGAGUGUGAAUGUCUGGAGGCAGAGAAGGGCCAUCUGAGGGAUGAGAUGAAGGAAUAUAAAGUACGUGAGCUACGCCAGUUGCAGGACAAUGGCGAGCUUGAAGAAGAAAACAUAUCUCUGCAAAAACAGGUGUCUGUGCUCAAGGAAAACCAGGUUGAGUUUGAAUCGAUAAAGCUGGAACUGACCCAGAAGAAUGAGGAGCAGGAGGAGCUACGAGCUCAGCUGGACGAGGCAGCAAGGCUGAGGGAGAUAGCAGAGAUGCAGCUGGAUGAGGCCCUGGAAGCCCUGAAGGAGGAGAGGGAGCAGAAGAACAGUCUGCGGCGAGAGCUCUCUUCCCUGACCCUUAACCCCUUUGAUACUGUGGGGAACCUGGAGCUCCACUUGGAGCAGCUGGAUGACAGCCAGGAGGAGGGCCAGGGGGGAGAGGGAGUAGGUGAGGGUGAGGGAGAGGAACAGGACAGCGGCUAUAAUAAUGGUCCUGGGUCUGCUCCCAGUUCUGCUCACCCUCCUCACUUAGGGGGCUCCAAAAGUAAUGGCCUCAUCCACCGCUGUUCUACUCCACGUAACAGUGACGUAUUCCUGCGUGCUCCAGCUUCUGGGCUGGUGUCGGACCUACUGAGUGAGCUACACUUUUCAGACAGUCAGAAACUGAAACAGCAGCUCCUGCAGGCAGAACGAGAGAAGUCCAGUCUGGCUGGCAAAGUUGAGGAACUGCAGAUGCAACUGGUAAUGUCCAAACAGGCACUAAGUCAGCAAGAGGACAAGGUUGGCUCUCUCACCCAACAGCUGGAGGCUGUGCAGAGCAGCCAGCAAAACAGUCAGGAGACUGAGGACAGGGGAGAUGAUGAGACAGAGAUUGGAGAUGGUGGCAAUGGCGUCUUUGAUUACGAGGUCGACACCAAGAGCAAGGAGGUGCUGGAGGCGCGCAUGCGUUCGGCCAGCGAAGAGCUUCUGAAGCUGCGAGAUGAACUUUCACAGGCAGGAGCUCGUUAUAACACUCUGGAGCAGCGAUACAAGCAGGAGAAGGAUCGCUGGAGGGCAGAGGCCCAGGAGCUGGCUGAUAAGAUCCGUCAAUGCAUCAAGUCCAGUAAACAGGACCAGGAGCGCAUCAGUGAGCUGGAGAAGGAGAUUGGAGCCACACGGAAAGUGGCAAUUGAUUCUGAAGGACAUUUGAGUGUUGCCCAGGAAGAGUUGCUGGCCUUCUCUGAGGAGCUGUCCAACCUCUAUCACCACAUCUGUGUGUGCAACAACCUGACACCCAAACGGGUCACCCUGGACUAUUACCGCGAUGGCGCCAGGGCAAGUGGUGGAGCAAGUAGUGCAAGAAGAUCACACCAUGUCUAUCCCCAGCACAACACCCAGAAGAAGCCUCGAGCCAAUGACAUGUUCAUCUCAAAAGCUGCAGCAUUGCAGUUUAUGGGGGAGGUGGACAGUGCAGGAGCCAGUGGAGACUCUCCUAACUGCCCUGGGUCCCCCACCCUGGAUUUCAGGGACCCUUCCAACGUUCGCAACUUGGUAGCAGUCAUCCGUUGCCAGAUCAAACACCUCCGGGUGGCAGUGGACCUCUGUCGUCAGAGGGGUGCAAUGCCUUACUCAGGGCUCAGUGCCAGUGUAGAGUCAGAGCGGGAUGCUGAGAGCCUCUUGGAGGAAGUACUAAAACUCAAGUCCCUUCUCAGCACCAAGAGGGAACAGAUUGCUACCCUCAGGACUGUCCUCAAGGCUAACAAACAGACUGCAGAGUUGGCCCUGUCCAAUUUGAAAACCAAGUAUGAGACAGAGAAGAGCAUGGUGUCAGAGACAAUGAUGAAACUGCGGAACGAGCUCAAAGCCCUAAAGGAGGAUGCAGCCACCUUCUCUUCACUCCGAGUCAUGUUUGCCAGUCGGUGUGACCAGUAUGUCACCCAGCUGGAUGAGAUGCAUAGGCAGCUGGCAGCAGCUGAGGAUGAGAAGAAGACACUGAAUUCUCUGCUGCGUAUGGCCAUCCAGCAGAAACUGGCUCUUACUCAGCGUUUGGAGGAUCUGGAGGCCCCUCUGACUACCCACAGCUUGAACAGCAGCCCUCGUCGCUCCCGGGCCAAAGAACUGGCAACAAAGUCAGGCAGGGCUCCCCGGAGCCCCCGAAGCAGUCCUGCACGCCCACCGCUGAGGAGCAGUCCACGGGCAAGCCCAGUUCUCGGCAGCAGCGUUCCUGCCAUGGCCACGCACCACCUGCGAGCUUUAACGCGAAGCCUCCACACAAGCCCUCGCUGAAACCCUCCUUCCAUUACUCCAAACCCCCUCUUCUCCAUAAGGACCUGUCUUCAUGUUGACUCCCCGGCUCCCUCUUCCUUUCCUGACUCAAGACAUCCUGUCCAUCCCAGAUAUGAUGCCACAUUCCCCACACUUCCCACCAGAACCAUGGAUUAAAAAAUUGUAAAAGAGGGAAAAAAAAAAAAAAGAA